AUGAAAGAAAAAAAAAAAACAACAAAUAAAAAUGAUUUUAAAAUCAUCUUGUAUUUUUUUUUUUGGAAAUGUUUUUUUUAUUGUUUUUUAAAAAUUUUGAAUUGCUGGGUUAACCAUCUAAAUAAUAAUAAUAAUAAUAAUAAUAAUAAUAAUAAUAAUAAUAAUAAUAAUAAUAAUAAUAAUAAUAAUAAUAAUAAUAAUAAUAAUAAUAAUAAUAAUAAUAAUAAUAAUAAUAAUAAUAAUAACAAUAAUAAUAAUAAUAAUAAUAAUAAUAAUAAUAAUAAUAAUAAUAAUAAUAAUAAUAAUAAUAAUAAUAAUAAUAAUAAUAAUAAUAAUAAUAAUAAUAAUAAUAAUAAUAAUAAUAAUAAUAAUAAUAAUAAUAAUAAUAAUAAAAAUAACAAUAAUAGUAAUAAUAAUAAUGAUAAUAAUAAUAAUAAUAAUAAUAAUAAUAAUAAUAAUAAUAAUAAUAAUAAUAAAAAUUUAAAAUAUUAA